AUGGCUAGAAGACUGACAAGAAGACAAGCUGCUAACCCUGUGUCCUAUAGGGAGUCCAGUGAUUCUGAAGCUGAGGAGAGUUUCGAACCCGAAGAAGAUGAUUACAGCACCAGACCCACCAAAAGAAAGGCAAACAACAAGAGUAGCUCUGCAUCAAAGAAACGGAAGAAGUCUGGAACUAAGACAUCUAAAAAGUCUUUGAAGCAAUUAGAAGAAGAAUUGGAAGAAAAUUAUUUGUAUAAAGCGUUAUCUAGCAACGAGGUGAACAUUCAAGAUAUCGCUCUUGAUUGGAUUGAAGAAUAUGAAGAAGAUCAAGUGGAUGACAAGUAUGAAUCUAUCACUGGUUUAAUCAACUUUAUUUUGAGAAGUUGUGGAUCGUUGCAUUUAUUCCAGCCUCAUGAUUUGAGCAAUUUAGAAUCCAGUGCUGAUACUGUGGAUGAAAUUGGUAUUGCCUUUGGCGAUCAAUCAUCUCACAAAUAUCCAUUUAAAGCUGUACCAGUUUUUAAGAAAAAUGCAUUGCAGCUUUUUAAGGAGAUUAUUGAUAUCGCCCAUGAAAAGGGUUUGUUGUACAAAUAUGACAACAAUCGAGAAGAAGAAGAAGAAGAAUCUUUGGCAUCUCCUUUGAUGUCGUAUAUUUUGACUUGGGUGACCUCGUUGUCAAGCAGUCCAAUUAGACUGUUGCGAUACACUUCUACAGAAAUAUUAUUUGCCAUUCAGCUUCAAUUAUGUAAAAUUAUAGCUUCGGUGGAAAGUAGUCUCGAGAGAUCACAGCGUCAGUUGUCAAAAAUCAAAAAAUCAAACAAAUCAAAGUACAACACAAUAAGCAAAACAAUAGAAAGUUGUCAACUUCAAAAGCGUACAAUUUUGGAGUAUUUCAAUGAUACUGGAAAUAUCGUCAUUGACAGAAGGUAUAGAGACAUUGAUCCCCAAAUUCGUUUAGCAUGUUUGAAGAAUUUAUGUGAAUUUAUCUUAAUAUAUCCUGAUUUCUUCUGUCAAGGCAUAUAUUUGAGAUACUUUGGGUGGUUGUUGUCAGAUCCAAUUGCCCAAGUAAGGAUUGAAAACACCAGAAGCUUGUUAAAGUUAUACCGUUCCAUUUCACCAGCUGAUUUGACCUUGGGUCUCCGUCAGUUUUCCGAAAAGUACAAACUGCAAAUUAUCAAGAUGAGCCAAAUUGAUAGUGAUGCCCAAGUAAAGUUGAAUAUCUUAGGAAUUUGUUGUGAAUUAUUAAGAUUAGGGUUUUUAGAAGAGAAAGAUACAAGGCAGGUAAUUGAAAAUUUCCCCUUUUCUGGUCCUUCAAAGCUACAAAUAGAAGGAGCAAGAUUUGUCACAAUCUUAAAUGAAGAGAACUUGACUGGAAUAAACGACAAGUAUAGGUUGUUUAUCGAAACUUACAAGCCAAAUCAAUUUGAAACAGACUUACCAUUCUGUUUAGAUAUCAAAAGUUUGAUAAAUUUGUUGAAGUUUGUCGCUGACAAACCUUUACAUUUGGUAUUUCAAAAUAUGAGUAGUCAUUACGAGGGUAAUUGGGAGAUGUUGGUGAAAUACUUUUUACUGGAUAUCUCUCUGAUAAAAUUUUCCAAGAAAGACGAAGAGGAAGAAGAGUUUGUUGAAGGUGAGGAAAUUGAGGAGUUUAGACAGUUUAUCGACUUAAACUCUGACGAGAGGUUGAUUUUGCUCAAAUUUAUUCAAGGGUUUGUUGAGUAUGUUUACACUAAGAAGAACCCUGAAGAAGUAGAGAGCCAAUUGGUGCGGUUGAUUGAGUAUUUGCCACAAAUUCAAAAUGUGUGUGUUCGAUCUUCGAAAAUGUUUCCGGUAUUUUUAAAUAUCUGGACAACCUUGUUAAAGGGUCGGCAAUCAGUGUACAAUAUAUCUAACAAGUUAGACAAAUUGGACCAAUACGACGAAAUAAGUUCAGAGAUCAUCAAGUAUUUCAAGGAUUUUGACACCGUUGCUGAAUUUUCUAGCUACUUUACUGCGUUAUUUGAUUCUCACGGUUUGACAACCAAUAUCAAGUUUAGUAUUCAGACUGUACUUGAAGAACUUUGUGAGGAAGUUGUUAAGACCAUCAGUGACCAACAGUCGGAGGAUGAUGAUAUCGAUUCGACAAAUACUGAGGUAUUAGAGCAAACAAAGCUAAUCAAGACACUUGAAGUAGCAUUGCCAAUACUACAAAAAAUCAAACAAAUGGGUGACUUCGUCAACAUUGCCAACUUGUCCAAUAUGGUAGACUUGUUGUCGUCUUUGGUGAACCGAGUGUUACGAAAGUUUGAUUUAGCAUUGAUUAUGUCGCAAUGGAAGCAUAACUUUUUGGAGCAGCUACCACAAUUCUUGCCUGCUUUGACAUGCUUAUAUGAUUUGACGCUAGUCGUGGUAUCGUGGAAGUUUGAGAAAUUGGUUGAAAUUGAAAAGGACGAACAGCGCCACUAUGCUAUAGAUUUGGAAUUUGACGGAAUCGUUGAUUUAGUCAAUCAAACUAUCCGAUUGAUUUAUGAGUGUACAAAUAGUGUGCAGUUUCUUGACUUGAAAACUUUAUUGAUAUCAAGAUAUAUCGACUUUAUGUUGUCGUUCAAAGUGUUUUAUGUUAGAUUCCAAGCUGACAACAGUUUUGACAAUUUCCAAGAAUUCUUCAAUAGUAACAUGCAGCUAUUGCUUAUUAAACGAGACAUGCAGUUUCAGCUAUUAGAAUUGUUCUUGAUAAAAGAAGUGAGACUUGGUCAUUUGUUGAAUGUGGAUUUGGAUAGAGACGAUGAAGAAGAUGUUAAUUACGAAGAUUACACUGAAAAAAUCGAUGAAUCCUAUCUACAAGAAAAAAGUAUGUUUGACGAUGACGACCAAACCCUGCAACCCAGUACUGAAGAUAGCUCGACCACAAGAAACCAAGAGGUAGAAGCAAAGAAAAAGGAAAAGAUUUGGAACCUUGAAAAAGAUCUCUCGGUCUUUACAUUAAAGUUGAUAUCAUUAGUCAAUGUUCUGCUAGUUCAAGAUGAGUUGUACAAUAGAAUCAAAUUGAACAAGGAUAAAUUAGGGAGUGUGUUUGCAAAAAUAAUCCAACAACAAGACGAACAUGCUAACACCAUCAAAAAUCAAGCAGUUUCAAACAAGGAACGCGAAAGCGAAGAGUCAAGAAUAAGCGAAAAUGCUCAGCAGUCGCUGGUAGAAGACAACAAUGGUAACGAGGUGGUUGAAAGAGACGAAAGCAUUGCCAUUGAAGUUGAUGUUCCUGAGCGAGGAUCUAUGGUAGAUAUUGAAACACCUUCAUCAGUGAUUUAG